UUACGAGGGAAAGUUUUGGCGCAUCACUACCACAGAGGCUGUGGAAAACCCGCAGCCCCUGUCACCUUUCCACUUCAAAAUGAGGUAUAAAGCAGAGUGGAGUUGAUGGUUCAGUCAUACCCUGAUCCUAAGGUCUGAAGAGAGAGGCGCAGCAACCACACGAGACAUGGCCCAGAUCUGUGUUCCUGUCCUUGUCCUGAUCGUGCUCUGCACCCUGGGGCUCUACAGCAGCGAGGCUGCAGCUGUCCGCAGCAGAGGCUGCUGCACAAUGUACUACAGGGGUAAAGUACCCACGAAACAGAUCAGAGGAUUUACUAUCCAGACCAAUCAAGGAAAAUGCAAUAUCAAUGCAGUGAUCCUGCACACUCCAAAACGCAAUUUCUGUGUGGAUCCUGAACUACGUUGGGUGACUGACGCCAUCGACAAGCUAAGGGCACAGGUCCAUGUGCUGAGAGCAAAGGACGAUAGUAGUCAGUAGAUUUUCAGUUGCAUGGAUGUCACAAAAUGUUUUAUGAUUUCACAUUGAAAUGAUCAGAAACGUCUACAGUGAUAGAAGUGAUUCUUCUAUGUCUUUUUUUAUAUUACCCUGUUAUAUAAAUUAUAUAUUAUUAUAUUACAUGACUGUUUUUCAAGCAAUAAAUAUAUUUCUUUGUAAA